AUGCUGGACUGCGCCAAAUCCGGCGGUCAUUCUCGUUUCGGUCUACGCCUGAGGCCUCGACCUCCGAUUGAUCGUGCGGGGCGUCCAAGAGUCGAUACUGCACGAGCAGAACUAAUAUACGAUCGGCUACCUGGCUUACUUGAACUGAGUACGUUGGAUCUAGUUGGAUUCAGUCGCAUGGAGGUUACGAUUGCCCGCAAACCCUUCUCAUGGCCACGUGUAUUAGACCACCUGGUGGUGGAAUGUCCCGAUGCCAAGCUUCACCUCGACAGCACCGCUGACGCUGGCGAGAGUUUCGGUUUCACGGAUAGCUUUUCGAAGCAGUACUGGACGAAUCAAACAGGGGACCAAAUUGGUGCAACAAGCGAAACAAAGUGGGAACGUGGCAGAAUCAAGAUGAGACUUGGGAGCGACGGAAGGCUUUUCGCCGACUUCAAGUUGCAUUUCCAGACGCCCAGCAGCGAUAAUGUGCCUGAGGAGUACCUCGACACAUGUGUACACGUGGAGGCAGACCCAGAGCCAUUGUCACCUGUGCUCGUUGUGCACUGCUGGCGUGGAACGAGUCACAGCGUAAAGGUCUCCGCACAAGAAAAGCUCCGCGUUUUGCGUGUUGGAAGUUCGCGCACUUUCAAACUCGAUGCGGGUGAAAGUUUACAGGUAAAAGCAGGCUUGAUUCUAGAGGCUGGGGAGGGUGUCUGGCGUUUGAACCUCGCACGGAAGAAGUCCGAAACAAUCUGCAAGAGUGACGGUGGCAUUCGAGAUGCGACUUCCGCGCUCUUCGCUGAGCAGCAAGCAUGUCCUCAUUCGGAUCAUAAUCGUCCUUGCUGCUCGGCAUCUGCCGUGCAAUCGACCAUUGACAACGCUGCAGAUGUACGGGCACUACUGCAAGAGCUGACGGAUCUGCGUGGCAAUUUGCGGUCUCUGUAUCAAGAGUCGGUAUCUGGCGCAGAGAAUAUUGUGCAGCGAUUGGAGAGUGGACGAUCUUCCCGUAGUGGAUCACGAGGCACAUCAGCCGAGGGAGAGAUUGCCCUGUCAACAUCCACCAACGUAAUGCGAGAGAGGGAGGACACUGAACUGAAGACUAUAAUACUGACAACGGACUCCGGCAGUGUAGAUGUCUUGGCUGAGCACAACAAAACAAUCGGCGGAGAACAGCCUGCUGUAGCAGAAGCGCAGAUCGAAGUAAAGACGUUCAUGUCAUUCAUGCAUUCGGGACCAUAUUACGAACUGGAGGCGAACGCCAUCGAUGGCCGGAGACCUGAGGAAACUGCUGCUGGAUCGCCGAUCGAACCAAAGGCCUUCGCGUCACUCAUGCAUUCGGAGCCGUUUGAUGAAUCGGAGGCGGAGGACACCAAUGGUUUGAGGGCUACAGUGGCGCAUAUCGGAGUUGAGCCUGUCGAAUGGAUCCUGGGGAUCGGGACCAUUCCACGAAUUGGGAGCGAAGGUGAUGCGUGGCUCGGUUGCUGCGGAAGCUGCUGCAGUGGAGGAGAAAGCGAAUUUUUGGGAUGAAACGUCUUUGCCAGCAUCUUGCUGGGUGGUCGAGCACGAGAUGAUGGUCGCACCGGUGAUGAAUCAAUG